UUAAACUUCAUGUAGUUCAAACAUUCAUUGAAGAAUAAUAUUCAACAUGACAUUGGUAUAUUCAAUGGAAUAUUAGAAAACAUAAAGAUUUCAUUAAAUAAUGAAAAGAAAGAAGUGAAAUUCCUAAGUAUCCAAUGGACACAUUUUAUUGAUUCCUCUUUUAUGUGUACGUGUGCAUGUGUGGGAAUUAAGGAUAUAUGUGCGUCCAUGUAAGUAUUAAUUUAUUAAACAUUAAAUUAAGGGGAUAUGCGUAGGUGGUAACUAUUACAAUUCAUUUCCAUUGGUUUCCAUCUAUAUCUUUUUCAUAAUUAAUAAUUCUAUAAAUACUUAAAUAUUUCAAUUCAUUAAACGUUUCACAAUUCAUUUAAAAUAAUAAUAACAACCAUAGCAACAACAACAACCAUAGCAACAACAACAACAAUAACAACAACAAACAAUGACAAUUGAUUUACCUGAAGUUACUGGUGGUUCAACAUGGUUACGUAAAAUGCGUACAUUAUUUCGUCGUCUUGAUUCAAGUGGACAUGGUUAUUUAAUGGUUGAUGAUUUAUUAGAUAUUGGUACAACAAUAUUUAAUAUAUAUCCUAAAAUGUUAUCUUAUAAAUAUGAUGAAUUAGUUAAAACAUUAGUUUAUUUAUGGUAUCAAGUAAUAUGUACUCAUGUAACUAGGCAAUUAGCAACUACAAUUAAUAUAAAUGAAAAUACAUUUAUAGAUAAUUUAUUAAAUGCAUUAAAAAAUGAUUUUCAUAAAUUUUUUUUAGAUAAAUUUAUUAAUCCAUUAUUUAUUGCUAUGGAUCAAGAUGAUGAUCAUUAUAUAACAAAUACAGAAUUUCAAACAUUAAUGAUUGCAUUUAAAUCAAUACCAAAAGAUUGUGAAUUAAUUUUUCGUUACUAUAGUGAUAAAAAUAAAUUAAAUCAAGAAAAUUUUCAAAAAAUUUUUAUUGAUUAUUUUAUGUUAGAUAAUAAUCAUAGUAAUAUUAUUAAAUUAUGGGGACCAUUAAUUAAUUAUAAACGAGCUGAAGAUUAUGGUAUAUUAGAUUGUGGUCCUGUAUGGGAAGGUAAAAUACGUACUAUGUAUAGACGUUUAGAUAUAAAUGAAACAAUGAAAUUAAGAUGUCAUGAUUUAUUACAAAUUGGACAAUUUUUAAUACAACGUGCACAUUUAGAUAGACGACGUUCUGAUGCUGUAUUACGUGCUAUGUUAAAUAUAUGGGUGAAAUUUUUGGCAGUUGAUAAAAAUGGUGAACAUUUAGAUGAAAUUCGUGAAAUUGAAUUUGUACACAAUAUGAGAGAAAUGAUCAAUGGUGAAUAUCGUCAUGAAAUUGAUCAAUUUGGAUGGACAUUUUUUAAAGCUAUAGAAAUUGAUAAUAGCGGUUUUAUAUCACAAGCAUCAUAUCGUAUAUUACAAGAAGCAUGGCAUGUUGGACGAGAUGAAGCUGAAGGAAUGUUUAAAAUAUUAGAUAGUGAUAAAGAUGGUAAAAUUAGUAGUGAUGAAUUUCUUACAGCAUGGAAUGAAUUUUUUCUUAGUGAAGAUCCACAUAGUCCAUAUAGAAUGUUUUUUGGUCCUGUUAUAUCACGUCCUACAGAAGCAAGAUAAAUCAAUCAAUCAAUCAAUCAAUCAAUUAAUCAAUCAUUCAAUUUAAUCAAUAAUCAAUAAUAAUUUAUUCUAUGAUAUAAUAAUAUUAUCACAUAUAUUGAUUAUUAUUAUUAUUACUAUUGUUGUUGUUUAUUUAUUUUUUCUUUUCUUUCAAUUAUCUUUAAAUCAAUAAUAGUUGUUUCAAAACAAAAAUAGAAAAAAAUUUAAAAAGAAAAAAUAGAAAAAAAAAUUAUAGAUCAGAGUUCAUUUAUUAUUCUUGAUCUUUAUCAUUAAUGUUUAGAAUACUCAUUCAUUUGAAAUAAUUGAUAAUAUCAACACAAGUAUUGCCUAGUAACAAACAUAUAUACAUACAUACAUACAUACAUACAUACA